GAGCUCGCGCCGCCAUAGUUCUUUCUUUUUUUUCUCUCGCGUUUCCGGUUCGCUUCUCGCGUUUUUCUUUCUUUAUUUCUUGUGUAAUCUGUGUCUCAGAGCGGGAGGAUGGCGCUUCUGUCCUGAGCUUCUACUCCUUCAUCUGUCCAUCAUGAGCCGCUAACAGGAGACCGGACUUUCUCUUUCUCUCUCUCACACACACACACACACACAAACACACACACACACACACACACACACACACACACACACACACACGGAUCUCGGUAGUGGAAUAAACGCGGUGGAAUAAUCGCAGGAUGCUAACGCAUUAGUCUGGGAGGAGUUUGGUGUUGAAGAAGGACGGACACCGUCACCGCUUGACGUCUCCGCCACAGCGCUAAUCUCAGCGAGCGGCCAUGUCGAACAUAAACAGUGCGCUCUGCAUCGAGAGCGGCGCUAACGCAGACGUGUCUCUGUUACAAAAGGACGCCCUUCAGGAAGCCGGAUUAAACCAGCUGUUGGAUUACAAUGCAGAGAUCGAACGUUACCGCUCUUUCGCAAACUUUUACAAAACCAAUGGUGCAUUUCCACAAAGCGCCAAGAUCGCUCGCAUCACCACGCCCAUCUUUCCCAGCGCACGGAUCGGUGUUUCGCCGUGGAACUGUGACAACGCCGUGCUCUGGGGACGCAAAUCGGCGCCGAUCCACCCGCACAGAACCAGGAGCGAUUCAUCUCAGCGGCCUGGGAAACCCGAGACCCUGCAGAUGGCGAAUGGUAACUUCCUGUCCACGUUAUCGCCGGAGCACUGCAGGCCGUUAGCGGGGGACUGUGUCAACAAGCUGAAGUGCGGCAGCGCUGCUGAAGAGAUCAUGAACCCGGCAUUCUCUGCCCUCCCGGCUCUCGGGGGCAUCUCUUUACCCCCCGGGGUCAUCGUCAUGACAGCGCUGCACUCUCCUGCCGCCGCGUCCGCUGUCACGGAUAGCGCGUUUCAGAUCGCCAACCUGGCAGACUGCCAGCAGCACAAUAAUAAUCACAGUAAUCACAUUUCCUCUCCCGCAUCCGGAGGAAACGCCGCCAAGAAAAAGAGGAAGCGCUGCGGUGUGUGCGCCCCCUGCAGGCGGCUCAUUAACUGCGGCGUCUGCAGCAGCUGCCGAAACCGCAAGACCGGACACCAGAUCUGCAAAUUCCGCAAAUGCGAGGAGCUGAAGAAGAAACCAGGCUCGUCACUCGAGAGGACGCCGGUGAGCAGCGGGGAGGCGUUUCGAUGGUUCUUCUAGUCCCAAAGAAACACACCGUCAUGCGACAUUAUUCAAUAACUGACUUGAAGAAAUGGAUUUAACGGCUCGAGAACCUGAAACUGAAACCAAACGUCGCCGGAGGAACGACGGAAACCACAGAAACGAGAGACAGACUGUAAGAGAUAGAGAAAGGAAGAGAGAGAGAGGUGGACGAGAGAAGGUUUAAUUCUGUAAUUUGUUUAUUUCUUGUGUAAUUUUCAGUGUCUCUGCGUGUUCAGUGUCGUGGCUGUUCGAGCUACAGAUGCUAACUUAUAGACAAUCAGCACCCGGAAUAAACCAUUCAAAUGGAAUAUACCAUUCACCUGGAAUACACCAUUCACACGGAGGACGGCGUGAUCACGCUGGAUGUCUUGGAGCUGUGAGUCGAGGUGACUGAAGGAGAACAGGAGGACAUCUACGAAGCUGGAAUAAACCAUUCCCGAGGAGACGGGGGGGGGGGGGGGGAUCAGAUACAAUCUGUCUGUCUGUUCAUCAUAUGAGGUUCUAUCCUUCUAUUUUUCUGCUCUCUGUCUUUAUCCAUGUAGCUAGAACAAUCCUUUCCAGAAGAGAAGAGAAGAGAAUCUGAUAGUCUCUCUGUCUCUUUUUGUGUAUGUAGACCAAACCAUUUCUGAACAUAGGGGAAGAUCGGAUUUUCUGAUAUACUAUUUGUCUAGUGGUCCAUUUACCGCUCUGUUCAUGUAUCUGUUUGCACAUCCAUCCAUACAUCCAUCCAUCCAUCUAUGAAUGGAACAAACCAUUUCUGAUCAGAGAAUGAUCAUUUAUGAUCUACCUACAGCGUCCCACGAUUGUCAUGUGACCUUAUCGAACGACUGUAACGAUGUCAUCGAUGUGAUAUCACGCACAGACUCGAACAGUCGCCUCGACAAACCGCUGCCGGACGAUACAGACGGCGGAAACGCGAUCGUACGCCAGACCUGCAGCAAUAAUCGGGAAAUUCUUCAGAGUUUCAGUUGAUUUUAUGCGCCGGGACGAGAGACGCAGCCAAUCACGGUUCUGUACUUUUCCUUUAAUUUCCCGCUGUUCGGACGUUACGCAGGGCAUAUUGUCUUGCUAACAACGUGUUGUAAUUUUUAAUUUGUGAUGUGAAACGUCUUGAUUUAUGGGAAAACACUGGAUCCUGGACUGUUUCGGAUGAGAUCUUUGAAUAACGAUGUGCUGCUACAGAAGUACAGAAAGGCUGUGCAUUUAUUAUUUAUUUCUCUGGCCAGAGAUCUUCGCUA